CACACCCACGUGGUGUCUCGACAGUAAACACAACUUUUACACUGAAUUACCCACAAAUAUCCUCCCACGUUAACAAUUCACAAGCCAGAGCGUUAAGCGUCGAGCGUGUACCAAGCGCGUGCCUUUGUGCAACAGUGAAUAAGAUUGCGUUUUUUUGACCGACGCGCUCGGCGUCUCGACCACCCCAGGGCGCCCUCGGCGUCGUGGGCGGCGGGGAUUGGGCGCCUGUUUUCCGGCAGCGCUUCUAGGCGAGGCCGUGGUCUCCCCCGGCGCAGGGCCCCGUACAUCAACCGAGGGUCUUUCACUCGGGCCGCGGACAUGCGGACGGUGUCGUUUGUGGAGCGGGUCGCGCUGGAGUUCUCCGGGAACCUGUUCCCGCACGCCAUGUGCCUGGGAGACGCCGACAACGAUGGGCUUAAUGAGUUGGUGGUCGGAGACACGAGCGGCCGCCUUUCUGUGUACAAAGGCGACGGCAGAAGCCCUUGCCUGAGCAGCAGCUCCCUGGGCAUGAUUACUUGUGUUGGUAUCGGAGACGUCUUUAACCAGGGAAAGAACUUCGUGGUGUCGGUGAGUGGCGAGGGCCUGUGCCACGUGUUCUUUCUGCCGUGGCUAUCAAACCCGGCACAAGAUGCCCCUGCUGCAGAAGAGACGCCGCAGCCCACCACAAUCAGGCCAACUCUGCAACAGCACAUCCCCGCCAACACCAAAGUCCUGCUUAUCAGCGACAUCGACGGCGACGGGCGCUGUGAGCUGGUCGUGGGCUACACGGACCGCGUGGUGCGCGCCCUCCGCUGGGAGGCCGGCGCCGGGGACUGCCCUGAGAAUCCUGUGGGGCAUUUCGUUCAGCUGAAGAAGUGGCUUCUAGAGGGACAGGUGGACAGCCUCUCGACCAACCCGCGUGUGGACGGCAGCCCCGAGCUCAUGGUGUCCCAGCCGGGCUGCGGUUACGCCACUCUGCUGUGCAAUUGGGAGCCAGACCACCCCAACUCCGACUGGGAGUCCGAGGCCAGCUCCGUCAGCAGUGAAGCCCAGAUGCGCGAUGUGAUUCCCCAUCAGACCUCCGCACGAAUCCAGAACAAGAACGUCUCGACGCACCUCAUCGCGAACAUCAGGCAAGGGGACAUGCAAGGGGAGGCUGUGAAGUCUGGUCUCUUUGCGCUGUGCACCCUGGACGGUACCCUGAAGCUAAUGGGUCCAGACAGCCUGCUGUGGUCAGUGCAGGUCGACCAUCAGCUGUUUGCGCUUGCUAAGCUUGAUGUCACGAGUGACGGGAGCGAGGAGGUGGUGGCGUGCGCUUGGGACGGGCAGACGUACAUCAUCGACCGUCGUCGUAACGUCGUCCGCUUCCACUUUGACGAGAACGUCUGCACGUUCUGCGCCGGCAUGUACGCGUGCAAGGGCGGGCAGAACAGCCCGUGUCUCGUGUACGCCACCUUCAACCACCACAUCUACGUCUACUGGAACGUGGGCCUGCAGAGGAUGGAGUCCUCGGACCUGCUCACCACGCUGCGCUCUCGUCCCGCCUUCGGCGAGCAACUCGCGCGUCUGUGCCUCGACCCCGAGGACACGGCGCGAGUGCGGGAGCUGGUGACGGAGCUGCUGUACGGACCCGCGCGAGCGCCUCCCCUCGGCGACAAGAGCGACGUGCCAGCCUCAGCGCCGUCAUCGCAGCCGUCGGAGCAAGACGCGUAAAGCAACUCGCUCCCGUGUGGGCAUGCGUCCGUGUGAGCCCGCGUCCGUGUGAGCUCGCGUCCGUGUGUGCUCGCGUCCGUGUGCACACGGCGACACGCAGACCCCCUGUGAGCAGAAGCCUGUACUAAAGUCCAGAAGCCUUCUUGACGGAGUGCAGUGCACUGGCCACCGGAUUGGCGACCGCCACUGUGGUUCGUCUUUCCCAGUUUCUGAGCACAGGCUGCUUGGGCCUAUUUGCCCCCGGGGCUCCCGAUUCAUAUUCCUGCCACCACCUGGUGAGAUUGUGCUGGGAGAUGCCACAGCGUGCCACACUGCAACCGGCAUACUGAAAUAAAAGUUGUAAUAAGUUUACAGAUUGUUUCCUUGUACGGGAGUCUGGGCAGUUUUAAUGAAGCCCGCUUGGUUGAAUGCGGGAUUUGGGGCGACGACGAGGAAAGUAAUGAACGGGCCGUGCAGGAUAUUGACAUUGUACAGUUUGCUGUUUGCCAAGCGGUUACACAUUUGGUGGGCAGCCACCACCAUCCCCGUGGCUUCUUUGUUGCCAUGGUCUUUGUUCAGGGCAUUUUAUUGAUGAAGGAUGGUUGGGGCUGUUUGGUUCCUUUGAGUCUGAAUGUCAGAUUUGUUUUGUACAGAAUGUGUAUGACAAAUAACAAAAACUCGGGACGCAUUCAUCAAUAAAGUAACCUUAAGAGGAAAAGUA